CCGGCCAGGGGCGCCGCCCCGGGUGGGCCGUGGCGCGCCGCCGCGGAGGAGGCAGGAGGGUGGCGAUGUCGGGGCCGGUGCGGAGCAUGGUGGGGUCCGUGCCCCUCAGCCGCCUGGCCGAGCCGCUGCUGCGGAGGCUCAGCGAGCUGCUGGACCGGGCAGCGCCAGGCAAGGGCUGGCGGGAUCUGGCGCAGCGAGUGGGGAGCCACGGCAGGGUCCGGCUGAGCCCUCUGGAUUUAGAACAGUGUUCCCUCAAGGUGCUGGAGCCAGAAGGAAGUCCCAGCUGGAGUCUCCUAAAACUACUGGGAGAUCGCGGGUGCACAGUGGUAGAGCUUGUGGAGUUCUUGCAGGCCCUGGAGCAUACAGAGGCUCUCCAGUGUCUCAGCCAUUCAGGUAUAAAGAUUGUUGUACAGCCAGACUCUCAAGCAGUGCUCUCUGGUCAGGUUGUCAAGCUGUGCUGUUGGGCAACAGGACACCCAUUUGUGCAGUACCAGUGGUUCAAGCAGGAAAAAGAGGUUCCCCAUGGCAAUUCUCCAGAGCUGGUUUUGAAUCCAGUGAACGUAAAUGACUCUGGCUUUUACAUCUGUCGAGUGAACAGUGAAUCUUCCUUUGUGUUCAGUCAGUGGGCAGAACUUGAAGUUUGUGAUCUCAAGGGUACAUCUCAUGGGAGCUUAGUUGGUUUGCCUGAAAAUAAGUUGCACAUUUGUGUUCAGCCUCAGCCACAAAACCUGACAGUGGGAGAUGCUUUGGUACUAGAAUGUGGAGCUGUUGGAAACCCAAUUCCUCGUUACCAGUGGUUCAGGAAUGGAUUUCCCUUGGCAAAUGGGAGCAAAAAUGUCUACAUGGUAACUCAUGUGAAUGUGGAACAUCAAGGGACAUAUUGGUGUCAUGUAUUCAAUGACCAGGAAGAUCAAGACAGCAAGAAGAUAGAAGUUGUAAUAGCUUGGGGGUGUGUGUAUUACCUGGUAGAGCGCUAUGCAGAAACCUCCUUGUUGCCUGUGAUUCAACCACUGUUUGAAGCAGAAGAAGAUCUAACUGAUCUUCAAAGACCAGCAGGCUUACAAGAACAAUCAAAUCACAGAUCUGUUGCAACAGAUAAGGUAGCUCUGUUAAUAGGAAAUAUGAGCUACUGGAAUCACCCCCAACUCAAGGCUCCAAUGGUCGAUGUUUAUGAAUUGACCAAUUUGCUAAGACAGCUGGAUUUCAAAGUUGUUUCUUUGCUGGAUCUUACUGAGUCUGAGAUGCGAAAUGCAGUGGAUGAAUUUUUACUUCUCCUGGACAAAGGAGUAUAUGGUUUGUUAUAUUAUGCUGGCCAUGGCUACGAAAACUAUGGAAACAGUUUUAUGGUUCCUAUUGAUGCUCCAAAUCCCUACCGAUCUGCCAACUGUCUGUGCGUGCAGAACAUCCUCAAACUAAUGCAGGAAAAAGAGACGGGACUUAAUAUAUUCCUACUGGAUAUGUGUCGGAAAAGAAAUGAAUAUGAUGACACAAUUCCUAUCUUAGAUGCUCUGAAGGUUACAGCCAACAUCGUUUUUGGAUAUGCAACGUGCCAAGGAGCAGAAGCUUUUGAAAUUCAGCAGCUGGGGUUGGCCAAUGGAAUCUUCAUGAAGUUCUUGAAGAACCGUUUGUUAGAAGACAAGAAGAUUACUGUACUGCUUGAUGAGGUUGCAGAAGAUAUGGGCAAGUGUCACCUUACCAAAGGCAAGCAAGCUUUGGAGAUCCGCAGCAGUUUGUCUGAGAAAAGGGCAUUAACUGAUCCCAUUCAACAAACGACAGCUUCUGCAGAGUCUCUGGCCCGGAACCUACAGUGGGCUAAAGCUCAUGAGCUUCCAGAAAGUAUGUAUCUUGAAUUCAAAUGUGGUGUUCAGAUUCAGUUGGGGUUUGCAGCUGAGUUUUCAAAUGUCAUGAUAAUCUACACACGAAUAGUAAAGAAGCCACCUGAAAUAGUAGUUUGCAGAGCCUACGUUACAGACUUCGCACUUGACCUGGAUGUGGAUCCUAAAGAGGCCAAUAAAGGAACUCCUGAGGAAACCGGAAGCUAUUUAGUAUCAAAGGACCUUCCCAAACACUGCCUCUACACUAGGCUAAGUUCACUGCAAAAACUAAGGGAACACUUGAUCUUUACUGUUUGCUUGCACUAUGAGUAUCCAGGAAUAGAAGAUAAAAUGGAUGAAAGAAAGGAAGUUAAUGUUGGGAAGCCCCUUAUUGCUAAAUUAGGACUUCAUCAUGGAUUCAAAAAUAAUAACUAUUUCCAGACUUGCUGCAUUGCUAAUGAUUCUUUUCAUGUAGACUCAAGCCCGUUGACAACUAAAUACUACAUCCCUAGUCAUCACCAAACAACUUCCUGUCCAGGCAUUUACCAUCCUAACCAUAUUUGCUCGGACAGCAUCAGACAACCAGAAGCAUGUUCUUGCAAUAGGAGUUCAAGGAUAUUGGCUUCAAGACAUGAAGUACAGAAUUACUCAAGCCCUGUGGAAAAGAGCAAUGUACCAGUAGAGACCACUGAUGAUACUGUUGAACUGGAAUUCCUUCUGUCUGACAACCUCAGAUUCUCUAAACAGCCAUAGCUGUGAUUUGUUCAGAAUGGACCAGAGUAUCAUCCUUGAGUAGCAGACCCUCCACACUGCUUAUCCAUCCUCUGGAGUCUGGGGGCUUCAGGACAAAGGGAUUGAAGAGUCUAGAGGUGGUACUGGAAAUGAGGUUGUGAUGAAAAUUUUCAGAUCCAAAGAGACAGAACUGGACUGACAGAUUUAGGAACAAAAAAGGCAUGAUUGGUUCAUUUUUUUCCUCCUACCAUUUGAUGUUUGAUACGGGAAAAACCUGAACUCUGAUCAGAGUUUUCUGUUUCACUCUCUGGCAGUCAAGUAGCCAACACACAGAAGCAGUCAUGCAUUUCUGGGAGGAAGCUGUCUAUCUCCAUUAGGGCGUGAAUGCAUGAAAGCCUGGCUAUAGUGUCAGAGCUUCUCUUGAGAUAGUAAAGCCUUGGAUCUUCCCAGCUACUUCUCUAGUACCUACGGGAGUUACAAGAUUUCCUGUAAAUGCAUUUUUCAUACAUCUUCUGUUUUCAGAGAGAAAUUGCUCAUCCUAUACAAGACCAAGAUAAACAUGCAUAGCUUCAGAGGAAAAAAUGGUGACAGAAUUAAGCAAGAAGAUGAAUUUCCACGUCCUCUAUGAUUUAACAUGAUUUUAAAAAAUCCAUUAGCCCCAUACCUUUCUCUUUUCCAUCUUUCAGUUUCAGUUGUUCAAUAUCCAGGGAUUUCUUUUUACAUACUACAUUAAAAUAAGGUUUUAUGUGUUUAUAUAUAUAUAUUGUAACAGCCUCCUAUUGAGUACAUAAGAUGACACAUAAUGUAAAUUAACUGAGCAGAGAGGGAGCUUUUACAGAAGUGAAGACGCCAUGGUUUAAUACUCCAGUGCUUCUUCAAGCUUCACUUUAUUUCCCUCCUCAUGUAUGCAUUGGGAUCAGUCACUGAUAUUCCGGUCCCUUGGAUGUAGCUAAUUAUCAGCUUUGACUGCGUUCUCUCUCAUGGUCAGAUGUUCAGUGUCUGGCAGCAACUGACAGAUGGAUGGAGAGCUGUGCAAGGAAAACAAAACCUGAACUGAGCUAGUAAACUAAUGUUAUCCGUUUUUGGAGGGUUUUGUUUUGUUUUUUUAAGAGAACUACAAAUAGUCAAGAGGGAGCAAUUCAGAGAUUCAUACUGUGGUGCAUUGUUCUUACUAUGAUAAUCUUUCUCCUAUGUAACACACGUAAGAUUUUUACUGAUCUGAUUUCCAGCAAGGUAGUUUUUUCAUGUUCUGGAAGAACACUAAAUGGAUGUGUGAAGAAAAAUGCCUGUUCAUAGCAAGCAAAGUAUUGUAUAGUUAGUCAUGCAGUAAGGCAUGCUGAAGGCUAAAAAUGAAUGAGCAAGAUGAGUAAAAAUUUGAGGAUUCUUCAGGCUGAAAUGUAGAAUGGUUUUUCCUGGGCACCAGACACUGCUUUUCUGAGGUGAUUUUAAGAAACAAAAACCCCCUACUGAGUUGUUUUUCAGGCCAAAUUAAUUAAUAUUCAUGCAAAUAGAAGUGCCAGAAGUCUACCAUAAAACUGUGAAAAUCCAAAGUAAAGCUUCCAGCACACACAAACUUAUAAAAGAUAAAGCAACUUUAAAUGCAGUGUGCCAAAGGUGAGGGAUGUUUGCCUCAUGUCACAAACUGACACUUCUUAUAUAGCCCUGCAUGUGUGUGUUUGCUCUGGAGCUCAAAAGUGGUGUUCGCCUCUCCACAGACUAGAUGCCAGAAGUAAGCUGGUCUUCUAGGUCCUUUAGCCUCUGAACCCCAGAAUCUUGCUGUUGGAGUUAGUGGCAUAGGCAUCUUCAGAAGACAGCUGAUCCUCUACUGAAAGGCAAACAGCUACUUUCAUAUGGUGCUUUAUUGCUUCAUUGAACAAAGGGAAUAGAUAGACCUAGCUUGGGCUAACUGCCAAGCUUUUUACAUGAUGUACAAUGUAUUGAUCUUGUGUUUGGGAAAGGGCAGUUUUGUUCACCAAACUGUUUUGCAUAUUCAGGUUGAAUAGUUUGCUCAAAAAAGACACAUCAGGGGUUUUUUUUAAUGUUUGAUUUUGGUUAAAAAUGCUGAAGAAUCUGUGACUUGCCUAUGCAUAUCUGCAGAUAAGUGUGAGAACGCUGAUGUUUUGUUAGGUCUUUAAAUGUCUUGAUACUUUGAAAGCAUGAAAAUACUGGGGUGUGAGGUAAUGAAAAUUCAAGGGAGUUUUCAGAUAUGGGUAGUAGCCUCUCCUGCCCUGGUAAUAUUGAUAAGCAGUAUUGUUUUAAGAUCCCCAUCAUUAAAUACAUUUUUAUUUUAGCAAAAUUAUCAUAAUCUUUUCAUGAAGCAGGUAGCAAAAAAUAAAAAUAAAAUAACUGAAUCUCAUUGAUGUGGCGGAUAGACCAGUUUAAAACUUCAGCUGAGAGUGCUGCCUUCUGGUGGGAUCUGGUAGUCUUAUAGCAUGUUGACUGGACACAGAAGGAGGUGCUGUAUGUGGUCAUAACAGAUUUCAGAUGGGAAUGUUAACACAUCAUUAACUAGAUCUGUUGAUCUUCACAUACAUCUGUGCUGAAAGAUGGAUAUAUGUACAUGAGUAUUAAUGUAGUUAUUUCCAGAAUGACAGCCAUGCUCAAAGUAAUCUGGAAAUGAGCUUGAGUUUCUGAUUUUCUCCUUUCUUCUGGAGGUUAUUGAAUAGUGAAAUAUUGGUGAAUGAGAUCUACCUGUGCGUUAACUAUCCUGUGCAUUUGACUUAUAAAUCAAAAAUUAUAGCUUGAGACAUGGUCUAGUACUGUAACAUUUAGCUAAUACUUUGCAGUUUCCUGACUUGUAUAAAAGCUUAUUCUUUUUCUUACUGUGUAAUAAAUUGUCCACAAAGCAA